AUGCAGCUGUUACGGUCUAUACACAUUCUCUUGGGACUUUUAACCAGUCAUAGAGCGCUCGCUGAAAUCAAAAAUUUCGCGAUUGACUUGGAGCCAUGUCGAAUGCUUCAGCUAGUAAGCCAAACACACCUACCGGCUUUCGAGGAAUACCCUGGACUCGGUGACUCGCUCGGCAUUGAUCUUCAGGUUUUGAAAUCAUUGCAAGCUGAGUGGACUACAACUUUUGACUGGGACGCCGAGCAGGCUGAUUUGAAUCGAUAUAAUCAUUACACAACAACCAUCGAAGGCUUAACGAUUCAUUUUAUCCAUCAGAAGUCCAGCGAUGCAAACGCGAUACCACUCAUUCUGAAUCAUGGAUGGCCUGGAUCUUUCAUGGAGUUUCUUCCACUGAUUGACCCAUUGACGACAGCAUCCAGCAUAUCCAACGGAACCUCUGCAUCCAACAGAACUUCCACUUCCUUCCAUGUCGUGGUCCCUUCACUACCAGGCUUCGCAUUCUCCAGUGCACCACCUGCCAACUGGACACUCAAUGAUACAGCACGAGUUUUCAAUACUCUAAUGACUGAUGUGUUGAAAUACGAUACCUAUGCCGCUCACGGGACAGAUUUCGGCAGUAAUGUGGCAUACAAUCUAUAUAAUAAUUUCAAUGAGUCAGUACGAGCAGUUCAUCUUCUUGGUAUACCAUUCCUUCCAUUGAGCCCAGACGAGUUCCCAAAACACAACAUCACUCUCGAUGCGGAUGAGCAAUUCCAGGAGAAUCUAGUUCUGGGUUUCAGUUCGGGGUAUAACAUCGAACAGGCUACGAAGCCCAACACCAUUGGAUUAGCGCUUUACGAUAACCCAGUUGGACAGCUGGCCUGGAUGGGAGAGAAAUAUAUAUCUUGGUCGGAUCCACAGGCAGGGACACCACCAUCUGUCCUUACACAUAAUGAGAUCCUUCGUGAGAUCUCUCUAUACUUUUUGACCAAAUCUUUCGUAUCGUCGGUUUUCACAUACGCACAAAAUACCGACGCGUACGGUUCAAUCUUUACUAAAGCGCAGACUGAUGCACCCAUGCUGUUCAGUAGUUUCAAGUAUAGUGGUGCUUUCUGGACCGAGAAGGUGGUUUCAUGGGUGGGAAACUUAGUAGUAUAUAAUUAUCAUGGCUUUGGCGGGCACUUUCCCGGAUUGGACAAUCCACCUGCUCUGAUUGAUGAUAUAAGACAGAUCGGGAAUUACUGGACCGGUUAG